AAAAUCAAAAAUGGCGUCGAAGGCUGCCGCCGCUUUACUUGAUGAACUUAUGGGACGAAAUAGAAAUCUUGCAAGUGAUGAAAAAUCCAAAGAACUGCGUUGGGAUGACGCAGAGGUUUGCAAGAGAUACCUGUGUGGGUUUUGCCCUCAUGAGCUGUUUGUAAACACAAGAGCUGAUCUUGGUCCAUGUGAUAAAAUACAUGAUGAAGCCUUAAGAAAAGAGUAUCUGACAUCGUCUCGAUUCCAACGUAUGGGAUAUGCAGAAGAGUUUCUGCGUUUCUUGCAGGGAAUAUUAAAUGAUGUCGAGAGACGCAUUCGUCGAGGCGAAGCGAGGCUGUCAUUUAAUGCGGAGAAAACCAACCCUAAUAAUGCAAUGCCAGCCAAAUAUGAAGAAAAAAUUGGCAUGCUAUCUGAGAAGGUUAAUGGAUUACUUCAACAGGCAGAACAACUGGGCUUAGAAGGCAAAGUUGAGGAGGCACAGGGAGUAAUGAAGCUCUGUGAACAGUUAAAAGAUGAGAGAGAAAGCUUGAGAAUGACGGCAGAGAUAGCGACAUCGCAGGAGAAGCAGAUGGAAGUGUGCAAGAUCUGCGGUGCCUUUCUAAUCGUCGGCGACGCACAAUCUCGCAUCGAUGACCAUCUAAUGGGCAAGCAGCACGUCGGAUACGCCAGGAUCCGCGCCACAGUGGAAGAAAUGAUCAGAAAGAGAAACGCGCCGGACGAGGAACGCGAGACGCGCAGACACCAGAGGGAUGUCGAGCGACAGCAGCAAGACGAGGAGCGGAAGAAGCAGAGAGACGAGCGAGACAAGGAGCUGGAGAAGGAGCGGGAGGAGCAGAAGAAGCAGAGAGACGAGGAGCGAUCGCGAGAGAGGAAGCGAUCUGACAGCAGGGAGCGCGAGCGAUCGAGGUCGCGCGAGCAACGGCGCCGGUCAUCGCGGGAGCGAUCCCGCCGAAGUUCAGUGUCGCGGGACCGCCGGCGCAGGUCAAGGUCGCGCGAUCGGCGGCGGAGGUCGUCAAAGUCGCACGAUCGCCGGAGGUCAAGGUCGCGCGACCGGCAGGAUCGGUCACGCCAUCGCCGCGACGGCUCGAAGUCACGCGCGCGGAAGCAUCGGUCGUCGUCGCGGGAACGGAGGUCGCGUCACAGGUCGCGCAGCCGCUCGCACUCGCGCGACAGACGACAUUCCGGACAGAGGAACGAAGACAAGCGAUCAAGAAGUCAGUCUCAGGAUAAAGAGAAACGGGAGCCAGAGAAACGCGCAGAGUCAGAGAAGAGAGAGAGCAAAGAGAGAGAUGAAGCUUUAGGCAUCAAAGAUGCAGAUAAUAGUAAUGAUCAUCAGGCGAAAGAAGACCUCCAAAACUCUGUGUCAAUGGAGACAACACCAGAGCAGGCGCACACAGACAGUGGUGCCGGUGAUUGCUCCACGAUGACAGACUCUCCACAGAUGCAGGCUCUCCUCCAAUAGGAAGGUGACAUAAUGUUUGUGGCAGUUGUUUCUCGAAAGUUGAUGACUUGGCUGACCACGUCGUUUCAAGGGGUAUUGGAUGCUAGAACUGAGAAGACAGCGUCGUUUAUUACCGGACAGUACCAAAGGAUUGCCUGUGGCUCGAAUGCUGUGGCUUCAGCAGAGAUAAACAAGGUGACCCUCCUCUUCUCCCCCUGAUGAGCGGACUGGGUAGUCACGAGUUGAUGUCUGUAAAUUUUGGACUUGUAUAAUAGAUGUUGCUGGAGCUGACGGCACGUAUCAAACGCCCAAGAGGCAACUUUAAACUUUUUACACUUACAGUGAGAGCAUAAUAUGAUUCAAAUAGACUGAUGAGCUAGGAGCCAAAGUGAAAUGUUACUUUUUUUAAGUAUGUUUGCAUUGGUGUGCAUCUAGUAAAUACAUACAUUUAGCAUUAUGGAAUGUAAAGCCCUAAUCAUGUCAAAUAGAAGGUUAUGAAACGGCACUGGGAAGAAAGUAUAAACACGUUUCUGAUGUUGCUGAGAAACCACAUCUUGGGUGGUAACGUGAUGCCAGAAGAAUGGAAAUGGAACGACGGACUUAUGUUUCUUGAUAAAUAAGUGUGCAGCCAACGUUCGAGUUUGUUUCAAGCACAGCAUCUGUGAUCACAAGAACGAGAAAAAACUGCGUUCUCGUCGGAUAUCCGUUUUGGCAGCCAGUUCUGCUGGUCUUGCGAUAUUGAAUUGGUCGAUGGAUAAAAUCUGCUUGUCAGUGCUUGCCGCGGGUCAUUAUUAAUUAUUAGUAUUAAUGAGCUGAAGUGAUAGGUGACCCAAGUCAGUAAGGAGUUCUGCACCUGAUUAUCACUAGUUUGUGUGACUGUCAUCGGGAUCAUUAAAACCGGAAAUAAACAUCCCCUAUUAGAUUUCAAACUAGAAACAGUCGUAUCGUUAUCGUAAACGGGCCGAGUUGUAAAAGUGUUUGAGAUUUCCGGUGUGAAGUUUUCUCUUCUUUUUUUUAAAUAUUUGCGUAGAUCGUCAAUGAUAGACUGACAACAGCUAUGCUUAAGAUUUUAGUCACUCACUUCAAAUAUGUGAAGGUUGAUUUGCACUGUAGUAUUUUCUAGCUAGCCGAACGGUAUUUAUUAGUUAAGUUAGACAUGAUGUUACUCAUAGCUCGUGUAUAGAAAGAAAAUUGAAGAACGUAUGAUCAGAUUGCCAUUGUGACCUUGUAACAAGCGGUGUAGUGCACAGUAGUAGUAAACAUUGUUGCGAUACAAAUCCUAAAAGUUAGUCCUAACUAAAACCCAUUUGGAUUUCCCUCCCCCCCCCCCGAGUUUUAACGUCGUGGAUGCGCGAUGCAACAAGAUAUGUAGUUGUCACACGCGAUCAACAAUCUUUGUGUUGUGUUUUCAGCAGUUAAUCUUCGUUGCAAUUUUCACACGUUGAUGCACACAAGUCGUGAACAAUUGAGAGCACUAAGCUUGAAAUCAAUCAGGAAUAUCAAGGUAUGCCUUCAGGUAAAUGCUCAAUAAGAUUUCACAUGUGCGUAAUGCAAGGAGUGUUUGCCGUUAAAUACGAAGGGUCUACUGAAGGUUGAGCAAAAUAUAGCAAGAGCAGCACUGGCUGUCCCAUGCGUGAUCAUUUGAGGAAGAUCCUGGAUUCAAUCAGGUAUGACACUAGUGCAGGUGUUGUGUAGAAUAAGUUGGAUCUACGCAGUGUGUGGUGUACUGAAUUAGGGCGUCUACGCAGAAUGCUACUUGCUUUUGACGAUGGCAUGGCAGAGAUACGUGAUGUUCAGAAGGUAUAUGCCCCCAUAUUUUCUGUUGUUUCCACGAAGUUUUACAUUAGUAUUCUUUUUUUGGUCGUUUUUAUGAGUAUGUCAUGAUCGUUCAGUUUAAUAUUGUGGCUUGGUUGUUUUGGACCGUUGGGUGCCAUGUGUUGUGUCCUUACGCUUUGUAAUUAAUUGGUUUUUGUUGAGUAAUUAUUGUCUCUCAUAUCAGAAGAAACCACCAGCCAAAAAUUGACCGUCGUUGUAUUUGGCUUUGAAUAAAAUGUGCUUUGCAAUUCAUCACUUGCACUAGUGCACGUGGGAAUUCUAGUUCUUUUUGAUUGAAAGUUACUUAAAACCAGUUCCUACAUUAUUUACAUCAGACCCUUACAAAGUUUGGAAGGUGUCUGUAUUUGAUUGUUUGCAUUAAAUCGUUUUUAAAAUACUGUUUAGUUAUAAUAACUUGAUCUUAAAGGCAACCUAUACUGUUCAGAUCUGGAUAUAUUGAAAAUAAAUGCUUCUCUCUUACUGCAAA